GCCUUAUAAGAGCCCGUGUAACUCCGCGUGUACUCGUCAUUAUUUCGUUGGGAGCAGAGGAGAAGCAACAAGAAACACCAAGUUAACGUUAACACUUCACCGGUUAGAACAAAAUGAAAUCGUUUUUGGCUGGCUGUUUAUUUGUUUGUUCCGUGGUAGUCUUGUUCUCAAGCUUUGCUCAAGGCUGCACUCUAGACUUCAUGAGUUGUGGUUAUGAUGGAAUGUGUUGCAGUGGGACAUGCAAAAAUAGUGAAUGUUAUCCCGAGAAGAAACGUUCUUUGGUUGAAGAAUUAUUCAGAAAAGUGGAAAAACGAGACUGUACUCCAAACUUUCUCAGUUGUGGUUAUGACGGGAUGUGUUGCAGCGGAACAUGCCAAAAUGGUGAAUGUUAUCCACAGAAGAAACGUUCUCUUUUCGAAAAAUGGAUUGAGGAACGAAAUAAUGUACGACGUACCUAUUGGAUACCGACUGCAGGUCGAAGAUGAAAACUGUUCUGAGUGGCGUCACAAAGUAUUUUGAUACAAAACCUAAUAAAGGACGCAGUUGCAUGUUAUAAAGCAGAAUAUUUCAUUAGCAUACUGUAUUAAGGUUGCAUUUUCUGAAAUAAAA